UUCUUUUCUGAGUUCGAGAGUGGUGGGAUUUGAGGACUUCCGGGACGCCUUGGAGUGAUUUUCCGCGUCCCUCGAGGCGUUCCCGCGCCCGGUCUGACUGUUGCGCUACGCUUGGGAUUAGACACUAUGAGACAAGAGUAAUAUGGAAGAUUUCAAACAUAUUGGGGAUGAGACAUUUCCAAGUGUUUCGGUCAACUCUAUAGCUAAUCAUACCAAUGAAAUUUUAGACAAUAUCACACUUUCAUCAAAUCUUGGUCUUCCAGUUGCUGCUUCAACGGAAACCAGACAAAAAACUGGUUCUCAAAGCAGACUUUCUGAUCAUGCUUCUUACAUUGAAAGGAAAUUUUUGGCCACAUUAGCAUCUUCCUGUGGUGAUGAACUUGAUUCAGAUCCAAGAAAAAAUCUUAUGUCUAACUUUCAUGAUACUGUGGAAAACUGUGAUUAUACUGCUGAGAUUAUCUUGGAGCCACCCCAAAAAUGUUUACAGAGAAGACAAAGCCAAAAUUCUACUGAUGAUUGCUUAGACAAAAAUCCGAAUAGUUUCCAUGAAAAACAUUUAGAAGCUGCUUCGGGGUUUUCUGACUCUCUGCCAUCUAACUACUUAACGUCGCAGAGCUUCCCAGUGAAAAGCAAACAGAUCUGCCCACUUGCUUCGUGGGGGAUGCUGCAAAAGGUUUGGUAA